AUGUUGAUGCCAGUCCGCUUCCUCCUGCUUCUGCUGUUGCUCCUGGGGGCCCCCAGGACAGGCCACUCCCAUAAGUUCUACAAAGCUGAGUCUAUCUUCAGCUGCAUCAAUACAGCCCUGUCUCAGGCCAAGAAGAGCCAGCUGGAGGAUGCACCACUGCUGAGUAAGAGGAGUUUCCUCUACCUGCCCAGCCAAGACCCAUCUUUGGGAGAGGAGGAAGAGAAGGAAGAGGAGACAGACAAGGAGAAAAGGACCUUCUCUGGCUCUGGGGGUAGUAGUGUAGCUGCAGGCAGCCGGUACAAACACCUGUCCCAAGUGCAGGCCAGGGGCAGGCUGUACAAGGACAAGGCCAAGAGUGACAGGCACACCAAGUUCACUCUGUCCCUCGAUGUCCCCACCAACAUCAUGAAUAUUCUCUUCAACAUCGCCAAAGCCAAGAACUUGCGGGCCAAGGCAGCUGCCAAUGCCCACUUGAUGGCACAGAUUGGACGGAAGAAAUAG